AUUCGUGUAUGUGACUUUUGAACAACAAUUUAACAUAAUCGUAUCCUCUGGUUUUAUGUCUUUGUUCAUAAAACCAGAGGAAAAACAAAUAGACUUUUUUCUAUGGCCUGAUCUGCUGGUAUAAAAAAUUCAAUACUAAACUUUCUUGAAGAAUGCGGGAGGAAGCAGUUGUCCCUGUCUCUGAAGACAUCAUUGAUGAUACAAUGAGCAGCGAUAACGAUGUGGAGUUGGAUGAUAAUUUAGAUCAUGAUGACAAUGAACAUACUGUUGAUCAGCCUGGCCAAUUAGUUUCAUCUCUCGACAUUAAAUCUUCAAGAAAAAAUGCUUUGCUUAGAUUACGAUGUAGGGUGGAAGAUGCAAUUCUUGGUGGAUACAUUUAUGGUAAAAACAAAAAUAAGUUGCUCUCUGUUAAGACCAUAACGGAGGAUUUGACUGGCAUUUCAUUAUGGGGCGUUCCUUUAUUGCCAAGUAAAGAUAAUGCGAGGACGGAUAUUGUUUUGAUGAAUUUCUUGAGAGCCAAGGAUUAUGGGGUCUAUGACGCGUUUAAGAUGAUUCGGAAGACAUUGAGAUGGAGGAGGGAAUUUAGAGUCUUUGAGAUUCUUGAUCAGGAGAAAUUUAGUCCUGACCUUGAGAAUAUGUGGUAUAUUGAUAAUGGUAAAGAUAAAGAAGGAAGGCUAUUGUGUUAUAAUGUGUUUAGGAAUAUCAAGAAUAAAGAAUUGGAAGAGGAAAUUUGGGGCAGGCAUAAUCAUAAUUAUGAGUGCCUUAGAUGGAGGGUACAUAUCAUGGAGAAAUCAACUCAACAACUUGAAUUUAAACAAGGAGGGAUUAAUUCCGUAUUGAUGAUUACAGAUUUGGGAAAUUCACCAGGAAAUGCAUGGAAAGAGGUUCGUUGGAUUAACAGGAAAAUGAUGAAUUUGGUUCAUGAUCAUUAUCCUGGAAUCAUCUACAAGAAUAUAUUCAUUAACGUUCCUGUCUGGUUUGCAACGGUUCAUGCACUUAACCUGCGAAUGAUCACGCAAAGAAGCAAGAACGCCUUCAUAUUUGUGAAGCCAUCUAAAGUUACAGAGACCCUUCUCAAGUACAUUAGCCCGGAGAACUUAUUGGCUGAAUAUGGUGGACUCAAAAGAGAGAAUAAUGUUGAGUUUUCAACUGACGACAAAGUUCUAGAGAUAAGCAUCAAACCAUGUUCAUUUGGCCUCAUUAAAAUGCCUGUCAAAGAGGUUGAGGUGACGAUAACUUGGGAUUUGACAGUGAUGGGGAAUGAAGUGAUUUACAAAGAAGAAUUCAUUCCAGAUGAUGAUUGCUCAUAUAGAGUGUUGGUUCAAGAAGAUAAGAAAAUGGUGGAGAGUGUAAGGAAUUCCUUUCAUAUUAGAGAAGAAGGGAAGAUUGUGAUUACUAUUGAUAAUCCUACUUACAAGAAGAAAACAGCCUUCUACAGAUACAAGACUAAGCCUAGUGUACCCAUGUAUAUGUACCUAAAGUAAUUAACUCUUUUCUUCUCAUUUUCCUGUCUUAACUUUGUAUAUUACUCCUGUUUUCUGGAUUUCAAUCAAUGUAAAAUAGAGCUAAAGAAAAAAAUCUUUAAGCAAAGAAAAAAAAUUGUCUAUAUAUAUACACAUCUUAAAUAGUAUGUUUUUCUCCGAAGUUUUGUACUUGUAAAUGCGGUGGUAAUAGUUUUUCUCAUUUUUGGGUA